AUGUCGACCUCUGUCAAGCUACAGUACCUCUCAGGGGAAGUCUUGGCAGUACUGGAGGGGCUGAAAGACGAUGAUACUCUGCAGACGGUGAAGGCUUUGGGUGACACGCACCUGCCACCGGGCGUCUCCAUCGACUCGCUACUCGGCGACGACUCUGCAGUCUGCUCGCUCUCAGAACCGCUCAGCAGCGCGCCCGGCGUAGGUGAGAAGCAGCUGACGGUGGUCACCGGAGAGCAACCACCAGAGAGGUAUGUGACUUUGGACAACGGUGGCCAUCCCUUCCUGGUGAGCAUUUUAUCUCGGAAUGCAGAACAUUCUGUGAGCAUCUGCUGCCUGAAGGGUGAUGCUGGCCCUGACGAGGCUUCUUCUCCCUCAGGAGAGGUGAAGAAGCAGAAGGUUGGAAAAUGGAUGUGGCUCCACAACUAUGAGACCCAAAAGCCGCUCUUCCAUGAGCGUGUGAAGCAGGUCUGGGUGGGCAAGAGCCCACUGAAUCGGAUGACGCGCUCCAGUGGCGGGCAUGGCGCCGACUUUGAUGGAAACUCAAUCCUGGUCGAAAAGAUGGAUGGCGACUACAUCUUUGUGGGUCAUGAGGUGCUUUCCUUCAAAGCUCCUGCCAAGCUCGUGGAACACGUCUCUCCCGUGGGGAACAGCUCGGUGCCAUAUCCCUAUGCCGUGGAUGCCGAUGGGCGACACUACCUGUUCAUUGAGAAGGUGGUACUUGAUCAGAUUCCCACAGAUGCAGAGCAUCCAGAUGAUCCAGAUCCGUAUACGCACUACUACGAGAUGAAGCUCGACCAAUGUGAUUUUCGACUCACUUGCGAUGGCCACAAAUUGAGUCCAUACCAUGCUGCCUCGGGCCGACUGCCGGCCGGCGCCCAGUGCCAGAAGGUCUCUGCCGAGGGCACGGAGGAGCUCUCGCCUGAGAGGGUCAUAGAGCUCGGGCGGCAGAUGAUGAAAGCCCACGGCCUCAGUUUCCUCGAAGGGCUGGAAGUCAUGGCACCGCGGAUGUAG